GGAGGGGUGCAUCAGUCACUCAUAAGUAGAAUCAUCCAAGUGAGUCAGUCACUCCCUAUCCAUCUCCAUUGUGAAUCCACCUAGGCACAUUAUUGCUGUUCGUGUCUCCGUUCACCAUGUUGCUCGGCCUCUGCCUUGUCCUGUUAUACGCAUCCUGCUGUCAUGCCGCAUUGCUGGGAUCUCACAAGGUCGACCGUGCCAAUCGUGGCAUUCCCGAGGUCCUCAAGGCUCGCAGUCCUCAAGGAAGACCAAGAGGAGGCAGCAACUCAGCACCCGGCCAUGAUCUUUGGCCAAAUCAACCUCCUGCUUCCAAAUAUCUGCGGUCGACCUCGAUUGUCGCGCAAAGUAAGCCCUCAAGCACCGGUCAUAUGAUCAUCCGGCCUUCUACACCACCUAAGUCGUGGAAUGGAGACAGCAUGCAAGCACUCAUUCCAUCUAUGGACACUGAGCAUUGGUACUCGUCCGAUCAUCAGUACGGUGCUAUGAAAGCUCGCCUGGCUCUCAACCACCAUUACCUCACUAUUGCACUUGAUCACUCGGCCUUUGUCGACAAUGUCGUCUGCUCCGACAACUCGACUAUCACUGGGUCUUUUACCGGUAGUGAUGCUUUCACGCUAGCUGAACAGCACUGGACGGGCGAUGACGAUCUUGUGUUUAUCACCAGUGCGCCGACUUGCUCGUCUGAUGGCCAAAACGCGUUUUUCUUGGCAUCAAGCGCCUCGUUCAAUGCUGCCGGCCAGUCUUUCCGUAUCAUGGCUCAAAAGAAGUCUUUCCAAGAUGUCUGCGCUGAAAUGCACCUCGACUUCGGAUACGAAGAGCCAGGUACUUCUACCAGCUACGCUGCAUCAACACCGUCCGCUGCCGCAGCGACGUCUUUGUAUGCGACCUCAACCACAAGCACUGGACUGUCCGCACCGACUACGAGUGCAUCUCUAUCGGAGACCACCAGUUCGCCAUCUUCAUCUGUCGGCAGUACGCCAACUUCGACGAACAGCAACGUACCGUCUUCGGCAGCAGCUAGCUCGUACUCGACGUUAGGAAGUUCCGUGCCAUCCUCAACGACCGCAUCCGCACCGGUGUCAAUCGCGACUACCGGGCCUGCGUUCUCGUCCGGCACUGAAGCCGCGACAUCACAAGGUACUUUGACAGGGCUUGGCGGCACAUUAACGGUGGCAUCAGGAAGUGAUCAGAACGCAAGCGCGACUGCUAUUGACAGUGCUCCUCCUGAAGCUACGAUCGAUGGCCUGCCGGCCAUAGCACCUGGACCUGACUUUGAUCAGAGACUGGAUGAUUUGCUUGGCUACUACUCCCAAGACGUAUACGAUGAGAACACUGUCCUUGCCGAAGCCUCUGGACUUGGUAUUUCUGCCCGAGAUCUCGCUAAGCGUGGAUUCUUCGAUUUCAUCUCCAACGUCGUCAGCAAUGUUGUCGACAACUUAAAGCAAGUGGUUUCGAACGUUGUCAGUGACAUUCAAACGUUCGUCACGGUCGCUACAGACGCUGUCCAAGUCGCUUACAAUACUGCCGUCGCUCUUGUCCAGGUCAUUGCCACGGGCCAAUACAGCGCCGAGAUCGACCACAGUUUUUCUAGCGCGCCUGACGGGGAAGGCGACUGCGACUUCGGUUCGAACUGCUACCUGCUAUAUAGCACUAUCGGAGCGACCGGAGACGAGGGCUUCGAUUUGUACUGCGUCUCGUGCUCAGCGAGUGGCGACAUAAAGCUUGUCGGCACGAUUGCAGCGACCCUUUCGAGUGGCGUUACUCAGGCAAGCUUCUCAGCCACCGGUGAUCUGGAUGUUGAGCUUUUUCUGGGCCUGGACGCGUUCGCUACCUAUGACUAUUCGCAGGAGCGAGACCUGAAGGUCGUAUCUUUGGGCGGUUGGAAAAUUCCUGGAAUUGUCGCUCUAGCUCCCGAGGCCGUGCUGUCGUCGUUAAUUGCAGUCCAUAUCGCAGCGUCUGGGAGAAUCUACUCCGGUGCUUCUCUAACGUGGCCCAACAUCGUUGCAAGCGUCGACUUGGUGAACACGCAGAACUCGCAGUUCACCGGCUUCACGCCCAACGUCAGUCCUGUCUUUCAAGCCAGCGGACAGAUUGAGGUCGACGUGACUCUUGCACUUCCUGUCACGCUGAGCUUCGCGCUUGAAAUACUCCCUGGAUCGAACUAUCAGAAAAUCUACAGUGUGAACCUUACGGAUACGCCGGCAGUCGCAGCUAGCGCUCUGUACGACUCUACAGCUAGCGAUGGCUGCAGCGGAGUCGCGUACGACGUGGCCUUCCAAAACAAUCUCGAGGUUGACACCUCUUUGUUCGGCGUCUAUCAACUCAGCAACUACAACCAAGAUCUCGGACAAGGUUGCUACACCAUUGGGGCCAAGGAGCGACGCACGAUCGGUCAGCGACAGAACGAUGAAGACGCCGAUGUUAACGGCACAGCGGCCUAUCCAGUUGUUGCGGCCACUGUCGGAGAUCCAAGCGGUCAGGUGACGAUGCAUCCGCACUAUAACGGCAACUUGUUCCUCGCUCAACAAGGCCAAGCGAGCAACCUCACUCUCGUCACUGGCGACACGCAAAUGAUGGUUAUGUCGCCUUCCGACCAACUCAACAUCGUAUACGGAGACAGCGCCGGCCGUAUUAUGCACUACUACCCCGACACGCUGGCAAGUCUCGGUGUCUCACGUCUCCGCUUGGCUACUUGGGACAACUUGCCGCACGGCUCACGCAUCGUGACGUUGGCGCCAGUUGUGAUCAAUGGCACUGAGUUCCUGACAGGCGUGGACGCGCAAGGGCAGCAGUCGUGGCUGAUGUGUUGCGGCAUUGAUGACCAGCCAAAUAGGAUGUUCCUAGCGAGCGAUUGGCAAGCUGCCCCAGCGAUCUUGCAGAGUCCGGGGAUGCAAUAUAUUGUCACCGGCGGUGUGGCGACGGAUUGUAUUCCGUUGGCAUUCACGGCUACAUCGUGAUCAAUUUAAGAGACGAUUAGAAGCGUGUACUCAGAUUGGAAUAUCAAACAAGUUGGAGAUCCAGUCUAUACCUACCUAUGUAUAGCUGAUAAUGCGUUGACUAGCUCUAUCGGCUUAUGCUGUGGUUAAAAUGCUCCUUAAUGAUACUGAUUAGCUAGCUAUCAGUACUCUAGCUAUAGUGUACUCGGGUGCAUAACAGAGUGUAUGUGUAUAUAGCUAACGUUGCUUUCCCCAUUUACGCC